AUGAUAAUAAAGAAGAAAACGUGUUACCAGUGAUCUGGAAAAAUACUUUUACGAUUUCCUUUUAUUUUUAAUAUUUUAAACAUCUAACACUGUUAACGAAUUAAACGUACAGUACUUGUAUUAUCAUCGUUUUAAACAUUUAUCACACUGCGUGGUGAACUUGAGCACCUUACAUCACCUGCUGUAAAGAUGACAAAAACAGCUAUAACCCAUGGACAGAGACAUGAAACACAUACAGAGGAGGCUGAAAAACCAAAGAGAGGUCGCAAACGAGGGCCUAGAAAACUGAUUAUACAUAGCGACACAUACGAUGGAAGCAGCGGCGACGAGGAGCAACAUGAGAAAAAGAAAGGACGAGGACGGUCAGUCGGGGCUAACGCUGCUCGUGAAAGAUCGCGGGUUAAAACGCUACGAGACGCGUUUCUAGAUUUACAGAGAACUUUGCCUUCAGUACCACCGGAUACAAAACUCUCCAAAUUAGAUGUAUUGGUUUUGGCAACUACCUACAUUGCUCAUUUAAUGAGGACAUUGGACAUGGAGAGUGGAGAAAAAUUACAAGAUACAGAACGACAACAUCGGUUGCAAGUGAACGGUUACCUGCAUCCUGUCAAGAAAUGGCCUAUGCGAUCCAGAUUGUAUGUAGGGGCGAUGACAACUUCGGCAACCAACCAACAAAACUUAUGAAACGUUUAUCAUUUAUAGUCAUUAUUAGUUCUACUGCGCAUGCCCUUUCUACAUGAAGUGCAAUGGGGAGGUCCACCUACACAUUGUGUGUUGAACUAUACGAACUAACCAAGGUGCAUUAUGGGUUAACGUAUAUUUGCGUUAUGCACAGAUGAUAAGUUUUUCGUAAUUUCCUGGAGAGCAAAAUAUAUUAAGACGUUGUGUUGUGCUGGAAGGUCGUCAAUGAAUAACUCAGUGCACCGUACUCAGUACCGUAUGUCAUAUUUUUAUACUGUGCCAUAUAAAAAUAUACUAGAUGGACACUGCGAAUGAUUCCCUACUUAUAAUCAUGAGGCCUACAAUAUAAGACUAAUGGUGAAUACGAAUAUGUUUGGUAGAAUGCAAUUUUCGUUAGAUCAAAUAAAGUAUUAAAAUAUAGUCAUUGAAAUAGUAUUGGUAACGUGAAAACAUAGCGUGAUUUAUAUAGGGAAAAGAACAAAUCGAAUGCGAUGCCAGAAUCGUUGUAUUUGAUAAUUCAAAUAGAUCAGUAUUGUACCACCAUGGACUUAAUAGGUCCAUGGUACCACAGUGUAAUAAGGCCUAUAUUAUAUAUUGGCAAAAGUCUAUAUCAUCAGUAAAGAAUAUAAAUUUGGCAUUAUUUACAUUGAAAUAUGUGUAUAGAAUAAAUAAUGUUAUUGAAAAAUUAUAUAAGUAUAAGAAAUAGGCCUAAUGAUUAAAAAAUGGGACUAUGUGGGAAAGGUACCUACGUUUCGUUGCAAAUGACUUAAGAACUGACGUAAAUUGUUUAUAAAAAAAAAUACGCAACGCAUGUGCUUCAUAUAUUUAGGGGAAAACAACUUGAACAAAUAAUAUGUAAGGAACCUAAGAUUUCUACUAAACCAAAAAAGGUUACGAUGGCACCAUUUGAUCAUGAUGGUGAUGAAAUUAUUCAUUAUUAAUUUUAUUUGUUUAUAUGAAGGAGUGACCUUAUGCGUUCAGCGCAAUCUUAGAUAAUAUUUGAAAUAUAAAAUUUUGAAUUUUUAAAAAUAUUACUUAUUGUGUCUUUGUUUAUUUUUUAUGAAACUUAAAAUUGUAUUAAUAUAAAGCGUCCACAGACUGAGAUAAUCAUUCAAAUAAGAGUACGCUUUAAAUAUUAGUUGUAAUAACCGCUUCCAGGAUACAAAAAUUUAAUGUAGAUAAAAUUUGUAAUCGUUAUUUUGUUGCAAGCAAAUGUAUGAAAAUAAAAUCGUUGUGUUUUGAUCUGUGAAAUUGUUGUGACUUAAUUGUAGCCUAAUUAAAAUAGAGAGAAAUAUUAAUGCAAAAUAUUUUCAUUGAAAUAAUUAUAUCGAUAUUCUGUAAUAUUCAAUAAAGUGAGUGAAUAAUUAUUUCUAAUAAAAGUGUUCAAUAUAUUAAAAUAA